GCUUCCUCCCCAGGCCUCGGCCUCUGACAAGGCCCCGGGGACCUGGGAGUGUCAUUGGUGGAUGACCGCAGCCCUUGCUGCUGCAGCUGCCGGCGCGACCAUGGCCUCCAGUAGCAGUGGCCUCACAGCCGCCCGCUUCUUGUCGCGCUCUUUCCUCCUGCAACAGAAUGGAAUUCGGCAUUGUUCCUAUACAGCUUCUCGGAAACAUCUUUAUGUUGAUAAAAAUACAAAGGUUAUUUGCCAGGGUUUCACUGGGAAGCAGGGCACCUUUCAUAGCCAGCAGGCACUGGAUUAUGGCACCAAACUUGUUGGAGGAACCACCCCAGGGAAAGGAGGCAAGACGCAUCUGGGCUUACCGGUCUUUAAUACUGUAAAGGAGGCCAAAGAACAAACAGGAGCGACAGCUUCUGUCAUUUAUGUCCCUCCUCCUUUUGCUGCUGCUGCCAUUGAUGAAGCUGUUGAGGCAGAGGUGCCCUUGGUCGUGUGCAUUACUGAAGGGAUCCCCCAGCAGGAUAUGGUACGCGUCAAACACAAACUGCUGCGCCAGGGAAAGACAAGGCUGAUCGGGCCGAACUGCCCCGGAGUCAUCAACCCUGGAGAAUGCAAAAUUGGCAUCAUGCCUGGCCAUAUUCACAAGAAAGGAAGAAUUGGUAUUGUGUCCAGAUCUGGCACCCUGACUUACGAAGCGGUUCACCAAACAACACAAGUUGGAUUGGGGCAGUCUUUGUGCAUUGGCAUCGGAGGUGAUCCUUUCAAUGGAACAGAUUUUAUUGAUUGCCUUGAAGUCUUUCUGAAUGAUCCAGCCACGGAAGGCAUCAUAUUGAUUGGUGAAAUCGGUGGCAAUGCAGAAGAAAAUGCUGCAGAAUUUUUGAAGCAACAUAAUUCAGGUCCCAAAGCCAAGCCUGUGGUGUCCUUCAUUGCUGGAUUAACGGCUCCUCCUGGCAGGAGAAUGGGUCAUGCAGGAGCAAUUAUUGCCGGAGGGAAAGGUGGAGCUAAGGAGAAGAUCUCUUCCCUUCAGAACGCGGGAGUUGUGGUCAGCAUGUCUCCUGCGCAGCUGGGCUCUACCAUCUAUAAGGAGUUUGAAAAGAGGAAGAUGCUAUGAAAGAAAGAACACAAGGUUCCCUAGGCCUUUGGAAAUGUGGACCCGGUUGCUUCUGUUGUCUGUGCGCCUCUCACGGGGCUCCAGUACACGGGAAGCCCACACCAGGUUUCGAAUGUCCUGUAUUGAAACAUCGUCACCUCAUUGUAUAACAGACAGCCAAUAAAUCUACUGUUUGAUUUGAA